AGGGUAAUUAAUUCCUGUACAGAUAUAAUGCUUGCUUCUGAAAUUAUGGUUAAACCAGUCACAUUAGUUAGUGUUUCCAUGACAAAAACGGCGAAAAUAGUCGUUUCUUUGCCACUUUCUGGUUUAAUAUUUACUGUCAUGUGGUCCAUUCUGUUUGAUUUGGAAAAUUCAACUGCGACACAUUGUAAAGUAGCAAAUUACCUACCCUCAGUUAGUGCUGCUAUAGCAUUAACACCACAAGCUUAUGUAUGGAGAUUUAAUAUAGCCCUACAUUCUAUGCCAAGAUAUAUGUUACUACUUAUGUAUUGGGAGUGGCACUACAAAAGAACUGUGGACAAAUCAAAAUUGCUUGCGCCUUUGCAUAAGUUGUUGAUAAUUUUAGCUGUCGGUGCAAAUUUUAUUGAACUUUCCGCUUUGCUUGGUUUGACUAUCAUUUCAUCAACUGAAAGUCCUAGCGCUCAUGAGACUUCAUUCAUCUUAUUCAUGAUUGGUUCAAUCACGUGCAUGAUAUCAUCAUGCCUAUUAAACACUACUAUGGUUAUUGAGACAGAAAAUGAGAAAAAAUCGAAAAACACAAAAUUAUUUGCUGUAGUUAUACACAUAACGUCUUUUAUCUCGGCAUUAUAUUUUUAUUUUCGGCACAAUGCAAAGUGUGAGCCAGGAGUGUACAGCCUAUUUGCUCUGAGUGAAUACAUAGUGAUUAUUUCAAACAUGUUCUUUCAUUACCAACAUGGAAUUGACUUCUGUGCCUACAAAAUACAAGUGAAUAACAACAAUGAUCCACAAAAAAUCAGCUAAAAACUGUGAAAAAUUUCUGUGAAUCUGGAUGUAUUGCUGAUGAAGUUGGACGAUUCUCGUAACAAAAAAACAGUCACGGUCAAGUGCUAUGAAAUAUAUGAUAGACAAAAAUCACGUCUAACAAAUUGUGUUGUAUAGUACGGUGGGGGAAGACGGGACAUCUUUAGCACAUAAUAUCCAAAUAUCUGAUCGUGUUUUAAACAAUUAACAACGGUCUAUGGGAGUCGUGAGGAUACGGUUUUAUAAUUCGUUGAAAGUUCUUUGUUUACUACUAAAUGGGACGAGAAAAUAGAAUGAACAGGUGUGCCAUCUUUUCCACUCUACUAUAUAUAUAACAUGUUAUAUUAAUUAUACCAACCCAUUAGAACAUAAAAAAUCAAUUCAAGUAUUGCAGUUAUGUACACAUAACAGCAAAACAAUAUAGUCAAAAACGCAAUUGCUUAAGAAUAUAUUAAACAAUUUAAAUUACUUAUACCAACUGUUUUUUUACACUGUGUAUUAAAUGUUAACGAGUGUCAGUGUGAAUUAUAUUACAAUAUAUCUGUAUAAUGUGUGUAUUUUCCCCAAUAUUUAGUAUUUAUAUGUUUGUGUGUUCUAAUUCUGUUAUACAGUUUGCUAUAUAGAUAAGAUGUUAGGCACCAAACAUUUUAAAACACAGGGGAGGCAAGGAUAGUUAGACACACAAUUCCUAUAAAACAAAUCUAACUUAUUGGUUGUAAUGUUUACUGAUUAAUGCAGUGUAGAAAUAUCCCAGGGUUGGCCUGCCUACCCUGCCACCCCAGGUUUGGCGCCUAUGACUAUAGUAAUUGUGUUUUUCAAUGCAAAAUAUUUAUUCAAUUAAAAGAAGUUUUUGUUUUGCAAUUUUUUGAUUUAUAUAUAUGUGUGUACUUAUUUUUCCUGGUGUGUUUUUGUUCUUAGUUCUUAGCUAUUAUAAAUACCCAAGUGACCUGGCUAAAUAGUUUAUUAUUUUCCAAGCAUAUUCUGUCAAACACUAUUAUUUAUUUCAAAUUAUUUGGUAACUACUGUCGAAUUUAAAAUUACAUUUUAAACACGGUUUGAUGUUACUUAUUUCCAAAAUAUGCCAUUUUUCAAAAAAAUGCUUCUUCAAAAAAGUUACCAAAAAUCAUUUUUUUCUAAAGGAUUUUUCAAGACCUGAAUUUCUGCUGCUAUUUUCA